GCGACUUUAGUUCUUCCCUUUAACGUUUCUUCCUUUGGGAAAAGGGAAGCCUUACCCUCGGCGGAAUCACUCUCCUCCGGUCACCGCCGGAUGCAGCAGCUACGGCGAGAGAAAAGCUGGCAAUUAUGAAAGAAUUGGUGCAACUCUGGGACGAAAUUGAACGUGCGGAAAGUUGUCUCGUUUGCUGCCUGUUUGAUGAAGCGGCAUCUUUGGCAUCGUCUAUUCUCAGACGGUUGAUUGAGAAUCGUAAUCCUAGCGACGGAGGACUCGAAGUUUUGGAGGAUUACGAAAAUGAGUGGAGUGACAUGGUGGAAUCGGCAGGCAUGGUUUUGGUGCAAUCCAUGAAGCAAUUGCGAAGGACUUCAGAGAUAGUGAAGGAUCUGAAACUGUUAUUUGGUUCACUUUCUGCCAUUCCUGUUCAGGUUUUCCUUUCUGGGAUUUGCUUCCAAAUGUCGGAGAGCCCAUCGACUUCUGUUCAGAGUUCUCUUGAGGAAUUCUUGAACGGUUGGAAAUAUGUGGAUGGUCAAUAUUAUCCUAUUUUGGAUGCCGAAGCUAGUGGAUCUGACAGUGAAGGAUCUUCCUUUAGGUCUUCUAUAGGAGUCGAUGAGUAUCUAGAAGUGGUUGAGCUCCACGUUAUAAAGCUUCUUGCUAUGACCUUAAAAGACACGGAUCAUGCUAUUUCAUGGGUAGAAAAAACUCUGCUGCCAAUGGAGAAACGUCAGGAACUUUUGAGACGACUGCAAUCAAUGAAUACCUCUAAAGUCACCAGUUCAUCUCAAACAUCUAGGCUAUCUCAGCAGGCAAAUGGAUCCAAAUCCAAUAUCUCACAGCUGUAUAAUGGGCAGCACGGAAAUAUCGAAUCUAAACACAUUUCUCCCAGACAAAAAACAGCGAAAGAAGAGAUACUACAAAUGUCUCAACAGAGGCUACCAUACUUACAGUGGUUUCCUACCUUCAGUUUCAAGAUUGGCAACACACACAUAGCUGUGCCUAAUCGGAAGCUGUUACUGGUGUCUUUUCUUUUGCUCGUAUAUUAUUCCUCCCGGAAGAAGCAUGCUGCAUUGAAAAGGUUUCUUGUGGAGACUGCUAUGUCGUGGAAAAGGGGUUUAGUGGAUUUAUGGCAGCUUGCAUUCUCGUACCAGGUGAACCCGUUAGCUGCUGUUCAGUCUCUCCCGACUCCCCCUCACGGAAACCGCUGAUGCUAUGGUACGUACAAAUCAAUGUAUGUAUACCUUAUCUCAAUUCUUUACUAUAUGACGCCGUUUGGUUUGGUUUGGUUUGGUUUGGUUAUGUUUAGAGUUGUGGUUUUCACAAAAUGACUUGUGUUUGUGUCACCAAGAUUAUUGUUGCUUUCGUUGGGUAACACCCCGCCCUUGUAGUAUAGUAACUUGUUAUAUAUCAUCAAUAUCGGGAUUGAACCUUGACCAUUUCGACGGCGUGCUUUAAACCUUCUCCGUUCAUAAGUAUUGAGUAUGUUGUACUCACAUAUAUGUCGUGAGGACCGGGACGGAGGGAGUAUAUAAUUUUGUAGUGCCAUGUGUUACGAUUUA